AUGGCAGACUUCAAGCCCUACAGCGAGCAGCCCGAGCUCCACACCAAAGCACCUUAUCGCGCCGCUAUGCUCACCCAGCCUGCAAAUCUCAGGCAAGCGCUCAAAGACGCUCAGGCUGAUGCGAGUAAGAGUCUCAUGGGUAUCGCACAAGGCAUCCCAAGUACCUUCAUGACCAAGUUGAUCGCAUCCUCGAAGCCGGAUUUCAUCUGGAUGGAUGUCGAACAUGGAAUGUACAACCGGUUAACAUUACAUGAUUGCAUCCACGCCGCGCAGCAUCACUCGGAGGGCAAAUCAAUGGUCAUCUGCCGUGUGCCCAAGCAUGAUGAACUCAGUCUCACAACAGCACUCGAUGCAGGGUGCGCCGGAAUCGUCAUCCCGCAUGUUGAGAGUGCCCAAGAAGUCAAGGACUUCAUGAAGGAGAUGUACUUUGGCGGCGGCAAAGGCCACCGUUCAUUCAGCCCAUGGACCUUCACCCCUGGAAUGACAACAUCUCUCUACCCCAACGACCCCUAUAACGUUCAGACAGCCAACAACCACGUCUGCCUCAUUCCGCAAAUCGAAUCUAUCAAGGGUGUUGAGAACGCCGAGGAGAUUGCUGCCGUAGAAGGUAUCUCUGGUCUUAUGUUCGGUCCUGGAGAUUACAUGAUUGAAGCUGGUAUGGAUAUCGAUGGGUUCUUGAAGGGAAACCCUGAUCCUAGAUUCUUUGAGGCGAUGGGGAAGUUUAGUGCUGCAGCUGCGAAGCAUGAUCUUCCUGUUUUUGGUGGUGUUCUGGGACUAGACCAGGUACCGAUGGCUAUUCAGACAGGUAUGCGAGCAAUUGCUGUGCAGUUUGAUGUUUGGGGUACUACGCGACUCUUUGCGAACUCUUUGGCAGAGGGCUGGAAACAUGCAAAGAGCUUCGAGGGAAACCCGAAGCCGAAUAAUAGUGUAGACAAGGCUGUAGAUGCGCAGCAGAGAACAAUCGGCAUAGGUGUGGGAGUUGGAGUAGGGUUGUUCCUCCUCUUUGCUGGCCUGGCUAUUUGGGCAUUUCGACGACACAGCAAGAAACGAACUCGACAGAUAAACCAACAGGCACAGACACAGGCCGAUGUGUUGCAGCCGAAGAUGCAACAGAAGAAUCCGCCGCAGUCGUGGAUGAGGCAGGGCGAAGAAGUGGACGGGCUGGCAUACAUGACUGAGGUCGAGGCUCAAAACAAACCGUACCAGUCCCAGGAGAUGAAUGCGCAUCCAUACGGUAGUCAGUUCCAAGAUGGUCCGAUAGUAGAAGCGCAAGGAACGCAUGAUGCUCAGGAAAUGCCGUUGAGUUACAGGCAGUGCCCGCCACAGGAAAUGUCAGGGAAUGCCCAGGAUGGAGGUGUUGAUAGGCGCUGA